AUGUCGACUCCCAACUCGUACGCGAGCCAUCUCGGCACCAUGCCAGAUGAGUUCGACAUCAUCGUAUGCGGUGGUGGAAGUUGCGGAUGUGUUGUUGCAGGCCGCUUGGCCAACCUCGACCAUAACCUCAAGGUUCUCUUGAUCGAGGCCGGAGAGAGCAACCUCAACAACCCCUGGGUGUUCCGUCCUGGAAUCUACCCCCGUAACAUGAAGCUCGACUCCAAGACAGCUUCAUUCUACAAGUCUCGUCCUAGCAAGUGGCUUGGAGGACGUGCUGCCACUGUGCCAUGUGCUCAUAUCCUCGGUGGCGGCUCCUCAAUCAACUUUAUGAUGUACACUCGUGCCAGUGCUUCUGACUACGACGACUUCCAAGCCAAGGGAUGGACGACUGAUGAGCUCCUUCCUCUCAUGAGAAAGCACGAGACUUACCAGCGCCACUCGGUAAAUCCAGAUAUCCACGGUCACGAGGGACCCAUUAAAGUUUCCUUCGGUAACUACACCUACCCGGUCAAGGAUGACUUCCUCCGUGCCGCCGAGUCCCAAGGCAUCCCCUUUGUCGAUGACCUCCAAGACCUCAGUACCGGCCACGGCGCAGAGCACUGGCUCAAAUGGAUCAACAGAGACACAGGCCGUCGAAGCGACUCGGCGCACGCUUACGUACACUCCACGCGCGCCAAGCACAACAACCUGUAUCUCAUGUGCAACACCAAGGUCGACAAGAUCAUCAUGGAGAACGGCAGAGCCGUCGCAGUCCAGACUGUGCCUACCAAGCCGCUGCACCCGAACCAGCUCCAGACGAGGACCUUCCGCGCUAGUAAGCAGAUUGUCGUUAGCGGCGGUACACUCUCGUCGCCUCUGAUCCUGCAGCGAUCUGGUAUCGGUGACCCCGAGAAGCUUCGUGCUGCGGGCGUUAAGCCCAUAGUUGACUUGGCUGGAGUCGGGGCCAAUUUUCAAGACCACUACUUGACAUUUUCUGUAUACAGGGCUAAGCCUGAGACUGAGAGUUUCGAUGACUUUGUUCGAGGAGAUCCCGAAGUUCAAAAGAAAGUAUUCGAUGAGUGGGCCCUGAAAGGAACAGGUCCGCUUGCCACGAAUGGCAUUGACGCAGGUGUCAAGAUCCGCCCAACGGAGGAGGAAUUGAAAGAAUUCGAGAGGUGGCCCACUCCUCACUUCACCGAGGGUUGGAAGUCGUACUUCAAGAACAAGCCUGACAAGCCUGUCAUGCAUUACUCUGUGAUUGCUGGCUUCUUCGGCGACCACAUGCUGAUGCCUCCUGGAAAGUUCUUUUCCAUGUUCCACUUCCUCGAGUAUCCUUUCUCUCGUGGCUUCACUCACAUCAAGAGUGCUGACCCAUACGACACUCCUGACUUUGAUGCCGGUUUCAUGAACGAUGAGCGAGACAUGGUUCCCAUGGUCUGGGGCUACAUCAAGUCCCGCGAGACUGCUCGUCGCAUGGAUGCAUACGCAGGCGAGGUCGAGAAUAUGCACCCCUUCUUUGACUAUGAUAGUCCCGCUCGAGCUCACGAUAUGGAUCUCGAGACUACCAAGUCCUAUGCUCUCCCAGGCAAUCUCACCGCUGGUAUUGGCCACGGAAGCUGGUCUUCACCUCUCCCCGAGGCAGACCGCAAGCCCACUGCCAACAUUCUAAACUCCAACAAGGCCCAUAUCCGCGAGGAGCUCAAGUACAGCGAUCAAGACAUUAAAGCCGUCGAAGAAUGGGUCAAGCGCCACACCGAGUCAACCUGGCACUGCCUCGGAACAUGCUCCAUGGCACCCAGGGAGGGCAACAGCAUCGUCAAGCAUGGAGUACUCGACGAGCGCUUGAAUGUGCACGGUGUGAAGGGCCUCAAGGUGGCCGAUCUGUCCAUCUGCCCCGAUAAUGUCGGCUGCAACACCUAUUCCACCGCUCUUCUCAUCGGCGAGAAGGCUGCUAUGCUUGUUGCCGAGGACCUUGGCUACUCUGGAGAGGCACUUGAUAUGAAGGUUCCUACGUACCGGGCACCUGGUGAAUUUGAGGUUCGACAUCGUCUGUAA